UUUGGAUGUCAAUAAUGCCACUAACUUGUUUCCCUUAUUUAGACUGGAGCUGGAUCAAUGUUUACCAAACGACUCUGUGGUGGGCGUGAACACAAAAUUGUGGGAUUAUAUCUACAAGGGGCAUGAUACACCGUUUAUAUUGGACUCUUGGAUUGACGACGACACAACGAUACCAGUUUGCGCUGUGUGGGGCUGUAUAGUGAAUUCGGUUAGUAUGCAAUCUGACUUUGACGCCCAAACGUUUAAAUACUACACCAAGGCAGUUGCUGAGAACUCUGAUGUUUCUUUGGUUUUCGAUGCGAUUAUACAGCAUUUUAAGUGGGAGAAGAUAGGAAUAAUAACAGCCAAUAAUGACAUAAUGCCAAAUGCCGCUAGUGUGUUCAGGGAGAAACUAGCUGACCGAAAUAUAGAAUCAUAUGCUGACGUUUUGUUCGAAAGCGAAUCACACGACGUACCCGAUGUUAUUUGGGAACCAUUGAAGGGCCUUAGGAUAUUUGUCUCGUUUGCGCUUUUGGAGGUGGACUUUGCAAA